UUUGACAGCAGGCAGGACUCAAGCGCGUCAUUUUGUAAAUUAUUGUUGUCCUUUGUCAGUUGAUCCGUGUAAAAUCAACAAAAAUAAUUGUAUUCCUAAUUGAAUAUAAUAUGGAAAUAAGUGUGGAGACGUUCGACAAAAUAUGCCGCGUCUGUUUAAUAGAAUGUGCCGAUAUGAAAUCCUUAUUUACGAAAAUGGACGAUGGGGAUCGCAAUUUGUUUGAACUCUUAGCAUUUACGGCUAAUAUUCAUGUUAAAUUAGAAGAUGCUCUGCCCAAACAGGUUUGUGGUGAAUGUGAGUCUGUGAUGUGCAAGGCUGAUGCCUUCAAACGUCGGUGUACCUACUCAAACACGAUUUUAAACAAGAUUUACCAAAAUUCCAUUAGCAACAGCAAUGCGACGAUUAUCGACGAAAAAUGUUCAAUAAAAGACGAAAAUGAUGAUUUGACGGAAAAAUUAAGCAGCUACGUUAGUUUUCCGCCUUGUGAUGAUCGAAAUAAUAGUUCAGAAAACGGUUUUGAUAAGAAAAGUAAUUUGGUACAAGACUCUUCCAUUUACGAAGCGGCUGACUCUAGUUUUUUCAAUUUAAAUAAUUCUAAGGCACCUGAGAGUACUGAAACCACGGUCAAACAAGAACUAACGUUAAACUUCAAUGAUGAAAUAGAUUUUUCAGAACAUUUUGAUGAAGCAACUGAAUCGGAGACUCUACCAAUAGAAUCUAAAGAGGAACCGCUGAAUAAUGACGAAAAAACCUACACUUGUAUCUGUGGACAAACAUUUAAGUUAAAAGACAAAUAUAAAAGCCAUUUAAAGCUAAAAAGCUGUAAUAAGUACAAGAAAAUAUUUAAGAACAUUAGUAAAAAUAAAUUAAAUAAUAUUCAAAAUGAGAUUGAAUGCAUUGAUUGCAAUCGUAAAUUUAAGACGAUGAAUGCUUGGAGAAUACACCAACAAGUACACAAAAACAAACAGGUGGGUGAAAAAAAAACACCAUUUUUCACCUGCAAAUUCUGUUUAUGGGAGUUCAAAUCGGAGGCGACUCUAGCUACCCAUAUUCAAAAACAUGAGAAAACAUUUGACAGUAAAACAGAAACGUACCAAUGCUCAUUCUGUUUACGUAAAUUUAAGAAUAAAACCUCAUUAGCAGCUCACAUACAAAGACACGAACAGACAGACAACAUAAAACACGUUUGCAAAAUAUGUAAAAGAGAAUUUAAGUACAAAGCGUACUUAGAAAAUCACGUAUUAACUAUGCAUUCGAAGAAAAAUGGUUUAAGUUGCGAAGUGUGUAGUCAGAACUUUGCUAAUGAAGAGAGCUUGGAGUUACACAAGGAUAGUCAUAAGAAUGAGAAGAAACAUCAAUGUACGGUUUGUAAUAAGGCGUUUGUUAUGUCCUGUACGUUGAAAGAACAUAUGCGGACACAUACCGGUGAGAAACCAUUCCUCUGCUCGCAGUGCGGACGAGGUUUCAGCCAGAAAACAAACUUGGCUCAACAUAUGAGAAGACAUCAGGGAUUGAAACCGUUUAAAUGUGAAAGUUGUGAAAAGAGAUUCGUAUCAAAAGGCGAGCUAGAUGCCCACAACCGCAAACACAGCGGUGCCCACCCCUUCGUCUGUGACGACUGUGGGAACGGCUUCACCACGUCCAGCGCUCUAGUCAAACACAGACGUAUACACACCGGAGAGAAACCUUACCAAUGUGACCUUUGUCCCAUGAGGUUUGCAGCCUCAGGAACCCUGAAGAACCACCGUAGAACGCACACCGGUGAACGUCCAUUCCAAUGCUCUUACUGUGAGAAAGCGUUCGUGCAACGCAAUGACUUGAUUUCACAUAUCCGUUGUCAUACAGGUGAGAAGCCUUAUAUAUGUACUCAGUGCGGGCAGUCGUUCAGAAAGGCUUCCGGAUUGAAGAGUCAUGUGAAAAUGCAUGUUAAGGAGCCGGGGAGUAUGUUGCAAGGUGUCAUGUUGAAUGGUAUGCAGUGUGCUGAACAGUGAUAGUUGUGUACAAAUUAUAUUAUAGGGGUGCUUCAUUUGAGUAGACACUUAUGCAUACUAAAACUUACAUAUACAAAACAGUUGAAUGCCUUUUCUUAAUGAGCACAACACCUUUCAUUUUCAUACUGACUUAUGUUUUUAGUUUUUGUAAACUAAUGUCGAUUUUCACCAACAAAUACCUAAGAGCAUUUAGGGAGCACUUAAUACGAAUUUCGUUUUCAGCAAAUUUUAAGUGUCCCUUAUUACCUUUAUUUUUGGGGGAGCCCUUACACUUAGGGAGAGUGACACUUAGUUAGGGGAACGUUGAGAUUGUUGGUGAAAACGGGCAUAAGUUUUUAGUGUGCCCAUUAACUGAAGAUAAACAAUAUUGAUGUAACUUUGGCAAAAAUGUGGCUAUCAUUAUUUUAAGCAGUAGUUUGAGUUUCUGUAAAGUCAAGAGAGAUAAGUUAAGAUUGUUUACAUUCAGUUGAGUGUCUACUCAAAUGGAGUAUUAGUCUGCAUAGUUAGAUUCUGAAUAAUACAAUGUUAUGUUAUAUUACAGCCUGUUUAUCGUCCCACUGCUGGGCACAGGCUCACACUUCUCUCACACGGAGAAGGAUUGAGCAUUAUGCAUAAUACAAAUGUUGCCGAAAAAUAAUUUAGUGUGCUUUAUUUAUUUGUGUUUUAUCUGCAAAAUGACUCUUAAUGAAUUAUAGAUUUUAGGUAUAAAACUUUAUUUAAGCAGAAUUAAAUCAUGAUGAAUGUUAAUGAAUUGAGAAUAAUAAUCGAAUGUUUAGUUCUCGCCAAAAUUUUGCGAAAAUGCUAUGCUGCAAAAUGAUAUGAUAAUAUAUUAUUAUUGUAUAUUACCGAUAUUGGGACCAAUUUAAUUCUAAUGCA